GAACAAUGCACAAGUUCCAGGUCCAUUCUCCGGGCAAGGUCAUCCUCCAUGGCGAACACGCCGUGGUUUAUCACCGUCCUGCCCUCGCCGCCGUAGUGGGUUUGGGCACCACACUGAGAUUUCGACAGCUGGAGGCCAGCCAGGUGGCAAGUUUUCAACUGGAGGCCCUUAACUGCACGCUGGAGAUUCAGUUGCCUGAGUUCAACGCCUUCCUGGCUGAAUUUAGGAGUAACUACCCAUCAGACAGCACUGCCAAUCUUUUGGAAGCCGUCCGCGCAGAAGUGUCCAAACAACUUGAACGAUCCGGAGGCAAUGCACCCAAGCAGCACACGCAACGGGCAUUUGUCUCCAUAUACUAUUUGCUGGCCGGCGCUGUACUCUCCGCACCCGGCAACACAAAGCUGACGCUGCAAACCGGUUUCCAGGUGCAGGUAGACAGCCAGCUAACCGUGGGUGCUGGCCUGGGCAGUUCCGCCUCUUUCGGAGCCGCUUUGGCCACUACUUUUCUCAUUUUGGCCGGACACUUCGAUAGAGACAGCUACUUGGAAGAGGCAAACCAGGCGUUGAUCUCAACAUGGGCUUUCGAAUCGGAGCGCGUUAACCAUGGCACGCCCUCGGGUCUGGACAACACCGUGUGCACCUACGGCGGAAUGUUGCGGUAUGUCAAGGGUCAGGGCUUUCAGUCGCUGAAGAUCCAGAAACCACUGAACAUCCUGCUGGUGGACAGUCGUGUGAGUCGCAGCACCGCGGACAUUGUGGCCAAAGUGCGUCAUCUAGGAGAGGCCUUCCCGCAGCUCAUUGAAGCCAUUUGGCAUGCGUGCGAGGAACUUGUUACCGCCGCCGUUCCGCUCUACGAGAGCUUCGGCAAUGCCCAAGACGAUAGCGCGAAGUUCGAGCAACUCGAACGCCUGUUUCAGAUUAACAAUGAUCUGCUUAAGGCCAUCGGAGUGUCGCAUCCGAAACUGGAGCAGAUCUUUACCAUCGCUUUCAAGCGUGGCUUCUUUUCGAAGCUGACAGGCGCUGGUGCAGGUGGCUAUGUCAUCGUUCUGCUUCCUGAGAACUACGAGUGCAACGAGGUGUACUGGAAGCUCAAGGAGGAGCUCGAAUCGGCGGGCUUUGGUGUUCAUGUUACGACUGCCGGAGGCGAGGGAUUGCGUGUUAGUUCGCUGGAUGACUGAUGCGGUUUCGUUUUGUAUUGCUAUUGUAUGUAUUCGUGGUUUUGUUAUAACUUAAAAAUAAAGAUUUAUACAUGUAUUUUGUACGGCAA